UUUUCUUGUUUCUUUUUCUUUCUCUCUUUCUAUUUUUUUUUCUUGUCAUUAUGGAACCUAAAAAAUCAAACAACAAGAAAGCAAAUAAUACAUUGGAGACAUGGGGUAAUGAAACUACCAUGAAUCUAAAUGCUAUUAUCUAUCAAAAUAUUCUUUCUUCACCUUAUUUUCGAUCUUUAUAUAAUAAAAAGACCUUUCAUGAAAUCGUGGAUGAAAUCUAUAAUGAAGUCUAUGUGUUAUGUGAGUAGUAUGUCUCUAUGUUGUACUUGCCUUAUGUUCCAUUAACCUAUUUCUUUUAUUUUAAAAAGCACCCUUUGUUAAAGGCACUCAGCCCUCCACAGCCUUUUGUUGCUUGUUUAAAAUGUGGACACUUAAAUUGACCAUCAAACAAAUCGAAAACUUGAUUGAUCAUGUUGAUUCACCAUAUAUUCGUGCUAUUGGAUUCUUGUAUUUGCGUUAUGUAUGCGCACCUGCUCAACUCUGGGAUUGGUUCCAAUACUACCUUGAAGAUGAAGAAGUGGUCCAAAUCUCAAGUGGACAAAACCCAACCAAAGUCACCAUUGGCAAAUUAUGUCGCAUGUUGAUCACUGAACCUAAGUUUCAAGGUACUAUGUUACCUCGUAUUCCUGUGCCUAUUGCAAGAGAUUUGGAAAAGAAGUUGCAAGAUUACGAUCGAGAAAAGAAACACCAAGACCAACCUGCAGCUAGAGAGGAGGAAAGAGAAGAUGAUCGGUAUCAUCGUCAUUCAAGCAGAGAUCGUUACAGAUCAAGGAGUCCAGUAAAGGGUCGCGGUAGAGAUGAUCGUGGUAGUAGAUAUGAUCGCAGUAGCAGAGAACGUAGCAGUAGAGACGAAUACGAUGACUAUGAACGUAGUUCAAGACGUCGUUAUUAUGAUGAUGAUAGAUACAGAAGAAGAAGUCCUGAUUAUAGUAGACGUUAUCGCUCUAGGUCUCCUUCUAGAGAUGACAGACGUAGUAGAAAUUAUUCAAGAGACCGUGAUUGAUUCAAUAAAACGUUUUUUUUUCUCUUUUUGCGAUAAAACAAGA